UCAAAGUUGACGUAAACACAACGCUAGUUAGCCAAUGUAAAUCCAUAUCUGAAAGAAUGUUAUGGUAGUACGGGUAAGUGCAUUUUCUAUUAACAAAAUGCGAUGUUAUCUUCAUGCACUUAUGCUGUGCAUGGUCUUUGCUAUCUUUUCGGUGCUGUAUGUUUUUAAUCAACUACCGGUAACCUCGUCUUUUGAGUCGCAAGACGAAGACGGAUGGACCGACAGAAGAACUAAAAAAUCCAGUGGCAGGCAACCCCAAUUUGGGGCCCAAGACACUGGGCACGUAGUCAGGAAAUGUGGAGGAGUGCCAGGCCUUUUUGACCAGCAAGAACAUGACAGGACCAGGGAGAAGCCAGCCUCCGCCAGCGUCCAUGAGGCCACUAGAGAUGAGCGGAUCCAUCUGGCUGUGGUUGCCUGUGGUCCCAGACUAGAGGAGACUCUCACCAUGUUAAAGUCUGCUCUCCUCUUCAGCACCAAACCACUACACUUUCACAUUUUCGCAGAUGAUCAUCUGCAUGGCAGCUUUAGAGAGUCUCUGGACUUGUGGCCCAGUGUCUUCCAGACCAGGUUUAACUACACCACGUACCCCAUCACCUUCCUCCGUGAGAACGCCAAGGAGUGGAAGAAACUCUUCAAACCCUGUGCUUCUCAAAGGCUCUUCCUACCGUUGAUCCUAAAAGACGUAGACUCUCUGUUGUACGUGGACACCGAUAUCUUGUUCCUUCAGCCUGUAGAGGAGAUCUGGUCCCUGCUGUCCCUCUUCAACUCCACCCAUCUGGCAGCCAUGGCCCCGGAGCAUGAGGAGCCACGCAUCGCCUGGUACAACCGCUUCGCACGGCACCCUUACUACGGAAAGACCGGGGUCAACUCUGGGGUCAUGCUCAUGAACAUGACCCGGAUAAGAGAGAAAUACUUCAAGAAUGACAUGACGUCAGUCCCCCUCCAAUGGGAGGAGCUGCUGAUGCCACUUCUCCAGAAAUAUAAACUCAACAUCACCUGGGGAGACCAGGACCUGCUCAACAUCAUAUUCCAUCAUAACCCAGAGAGCCUGUAUGUGUUCCCGUGCCAUUGGAACUACCGUCCAGACCACUGUAUCUACGGCAGCAACUGUCUCAAAGCCGAACGAGAGGGCGUCUUCAUUCUCCACGGAAACCGAGGCGUUUACCAUGACGACGAGCAGCCAGCGUUCCGGGCCGUCUAUGAAGCCAUCCAGAAGUACACACUUGGGGACAACCUAGUCCAGUCCCUACUCCUCCCACUGGAGGCAAAUCUUCAGGAAACCAAACACACCUACUGUGGAAGAGCUAGCCAAAUGUUUACUAAGAGGUUAAAACAGAGCAUCAGCAUACUUCAACAGGAAACCAUAGAGGGAAGAUGAUGUAUACCACUAGACUACCACUCUUCUCUACCAUCAAUGGCUGACUGACACUGUGGCACACCUCUAAAAUAUGCCACCAGGGGUACAGGGAGUGCAUACAUUCCUGGCAUGUAAAUGUGAUCCCGGGCGGGAUUUAGCCCACACUCUUUCCUCAACCGUCCAUGCUCAAGUUAGAUGAAUCAGUCAUCUGUUUAGAAACGGGCAACAACUACCGGUGCAUCAACACUGCUCCAAAGACAAUUUCAAGGGGAAUAUGAUCAGUGUAAUACAUUGUCUGUUAUCCUAUGGAACCGUUGUUCCUCAAAAAGCCGUCCUGUGAACAUAAUAAUCAUCAGGUUAUGUAACUGCAGUCUCAAUGGUGGGAAAGCACUGAAAUUAAAUAACUUUGACCUUCUAGAGAAUUUGACCUUUCUAUCAUCUGAUGUCAAAAUGGUACACUUGACAAUCAGGUUGCAGUAUGAUUUUCACCUGUGAUGAGAAUGUCAGUCUGGCAAUCACAUUGGAAUCCUCAGAAGUAUUCAAGGAAGAGAACCCAUCACGGUUCUUUAUAUGCCCUGCAUGAUCAAAAAGUAUAUAUUUUAUUUAAAGUAUAUAUUAAUAUUAUAUAAAUUAAAUUUAAAUGUAAAUCUGCAUUGUUUCAUGAAGAAUGACAACACAUCUCUUAAAGUAUGUCAUAACUACUCCAUGAAUGCAGUUUCUUUUGUACAAUACUUGAUUGUAAACAAAUGCUCAUGGAAUGUGUUUUGAGAUUAGAAUCUGAAGAUAUCAAUAUUGGGGUUAUACAGUGCAUUCGGAAAGUAUUCAGACACCUUGACUUUUUCCACAUUUCAUUGUGCCGUAUUCUAAAA